AUGCGCACGUCCAAUAUUGCCUCCGAGCAGCGUGGUGGGAGCAGCUCGCUUCCUCUGCCGAUGGCGCGGGAUCCGUUUGCUACACCGACAAGGGGGGUUUCGCCUGUUAGAGGUGAGCGGGAUAGAAAUGAGAGGAGGCGGGAAAGUAAAGACGAGUAUCGGGACAGGGAAUAUGUGCGUGAUCGAAGAGACAGCAGGGAUAGAAGAGAAAGGGAGUAUGUGAUAGAUAAAAGAGAGAGUCGGGACAAAGACAGAGACGGUGGUAGAGACAGGGACUGGGACUGGGAGAGGAGGGAGAGAAGAGAGAGCAGAGACAGAGACCGUGGUCGUGAGGAGCGAUAUCGCAGUCGUGAUAGGGAGUACGAGAGGGAGAGGGAUAGGGCGGGAGGUGCUGGUGGGCGGUACCAGAUUCGGGAUCGUGAGCGUGUGCGCGACCGCGAGAGAGAUAGAUAUCGAAGUCCCGAGCGCGACCGCGACCGCGACAACGAUGAACGAGACAAGGCGAAGCGGCGGGAGAAGAGAGACCGUGAACGCGAGCGCGAGAUGAAUUAUGAGCGGGAGCGGGAGAGGGAACGGAUGCUUGAGCGGGAAGCCGAACGGGAACGGGAACGGGAACGCCAACAGCGCGAUAGGUCGCGCGACGCCCUUGCGCAACCGAAACCCAAACCGCAAAUCCAACAAAUCUCUACCCAGAGACAGAUCCCAACGCAUGAUAUCCACCCAGCCGCUUCCUCCUCUCACCCACAUGCACUUGACCGCGAGCGCCCAAUAACGCCCAUCAUGUCCUCCUCCUCCUUAGCAGGCUCAAAUCUGUCUCUGACUGUCAACUACGUGCCGACGAAAUUUUCGGCGCCGCCGUCGCCUUCUUCUGGGUCUGGGUCUCGGCUUGGGUCUUGGUAUGGCUCUGGGGCGGGUGUGUAUAGCGCAGGCGCAGGGAGUGGAACACCAGCUGGUGGCCCGAGAAAGCGUGUGCCAUAUCACUACACGCGCGCCUCAGCCUCGCGCAUGGCCGAGUCCUCUUCACCUUCCAAAGCCGCCGAUCAACCUCGUCAGAGGCACCAGGAGCCGGUGUUUGGUGCGGGGAUCGUGCCGAAGAUGGGUGGGGGUGUGGAUGCGUUUCGCAGUGGGGAGGCGAGGAUUGGAGGGCGCGGGGAUGGGGAUGGAGAUGAAUAUGGCGAUGAGGAUGAAGGUGCUGAGGGGGUGAAUGAGGACGAUGGUAUGUUGAGAGAAGAUACCGGUCGAAGAGGGUGGUUUGGGAAAUCUGGACCUGGUAUGGGUACAAGUACUGGGAAAGUAGUGGGAGGAGAAGGAGUCAAGAUAACACCACGAGCGAGAGGUCCCCCGAAGAAAAAACUCAGGUGGAACCGGUUCAAAUGGAUGCUAUUCGUUGCCAAUUUCGCCCUCACAACCUACUCUUUCACAACUCUCAUCCUCAUUCUCCUCACCUGGUUCAACAUCUUCACCUCAGCCGAUAUAAUACGAGUUGGAAACAGAACGGAACUCAUCAUAUCCACCCUCUUCUCUAUCUCUGGCAUUCUCGUCUCGCUCAUCGGCUGGGCAGGUAUACUCACAAACAAUCGUUCUUUCCUCGCACUAUACACCGCGCUUUUAUGGGUCGUCUUCAUCUUAGUCCUCGUCCCAGGGUACAUGACAUACAAACGCCGCACAUUCAACCUCGAAGGCAAAGUAAACAAACAAUGGAGCCAAGACCUCGGCGCCGAAGGGCGCGUGCGCAUCCAAAACGCUCUCAGAUGCUGCGGCUACUUCUCCCCGUUCGUCGAGGCGACGGUAUCGCAGACGUGCUACGCGCGCUCGCUGUUGCCCGGGUGUAAGAAGGAUUAUAUGGACUUUGAGAGGCGGGUGUUGAAGGUGUGGUAUACGGUUGCGUUUGGUGCGAUUGUGCCGCUGCAUUUGGCGGUCAUGAUCAUCAGUCUGCUGUGUGCAAACCAUGUGACGUAUCGGUUUGGGAAGGGGAUGAUGCCUAAGGCGUAUAGGCUUAGUAGGAGCAGUAUGGUGGCGAUUAUGAAUAAUUACGUUGCACAACUGGCGGAACAGUAUGGAGAGGAUGUUGCAGCUGACGUUCUCGCGCGCUCCAAAUCGAAUUUGAACCUUCAAAUGGGACUCACAAUACCGACUGUACCCUACGUCGACUCGGGUAACAAUGUCAGUACCGUCGCCAACCCCAGUUCCAAUGUGAAUAUGCGGCAAGGCGGAGGUGGUAAUGGCGGAGUGGGAGCAGCAAGGGUGGGAGGAGGAGGGAGGAUCUGA